CCCAUUCUGCUAUCCUGCUUGGAUCUGACUCCUCCCUCCUGCAGCUCUGUACAGUGAAGGCUGAAUCCAAGAGCUUCUCAUUCUUUACUAUGUUUCUUCCUGAACCAGUAGGUCUUGAGUAUACCUGCCUUCAUUUCAACUGAACUCUCGAGUAAAGCAUAUUGUCUGCUAUCUGUCAAUAGCGAUAUUUUAUUAACUUAAUCAUCCUCUUGCACUGGGAAGGAUUAUAAAGAACCAGCUCAAACUCCAAAGUGUUUUAAGGAGGAAUUGCUUUUUUGUCAUCAUCGUCUGCUCUUUGGUACUUGUGUUAAUGUUUCCCUUGAUGGAGCCUGCUUUGUGCAUAUGAAUUAUCCUGGAGGUAGAGGAGACACACAGCUGAAUGUAUCCCGAUCAAGUGUCAAAAAGGACAACAAAGAGGAAACUUGCUAUGUGGAGCGGUUAUGAUUCAUCUGAUGAAAACUUGCAGAGCCGGUGAGAAGGCAAAAUAAAAUCCCUAACAACUAUGUCAGUAACACCUAGUCUUUUCCCCCUGAAUGGGACCAGUCUCUCUACUGAAAAUCAUGGCAUUAUGGAUAUACCCAAAGGACAAAGAACUUUGAAUAUCUUUCUUUUUUGCUUGACGUUUAUAAUUACACUCAUUACUCUGCUGGGCAGCAUUUAUUCACUGGUUUCCUUACUGAAAAUUCAAAACAAAACCACACUUUCAAUGAUUGUGACUUCUUUGUCUGUGGAUGAUUUGAUAAGUGUAGUGCCAGUGACUAUCUUUAUGUUCAUGCAGUGGUCAAAUGAGACGCUCCCCCAGCCUCUAUGCACCACAUCAGCCCUGCUUUAUCUAUUUCAGGGCAUUUCUAGCAAUCUGAAAGGUACUCUUAUAGUUUCUUACAACUUCUACGCGAUCAAUAAAACUGUGAUGUGGACUCAGUGGAUCUCCAAGCGGACAGUGAGCAUGAUAUGGGCCAUUCUCACGAUCUGGAUUGUCAGCUUGCUGGUGUGCAUUUUGCCUCUCUGUGGUUGGGGCACCUAUGUCCCCACCUCCUGGGGUUGCCUCACUGACUGGACCAGUUCCUAUGUCCUGUUUUUAUUCAUUGUCUACUCACUGUGCUUCUGCCUUCUCACCGUGCUUUCUGUCCCUUUGACUUACCAGCUGCUGUGCUCAGAUGAGCAACAGCAUCUUUAUGUCGAUUACCAGGAAAUCACCCGAGGCUAUUUCACCCCUGGGACGCCCCCAGUCUGUAGCACCACCCCAUCCCUUUCUCUCGAGGACCCUGUGGAUAAAACCCUGAAGCAUUUCCGAAGUGCCUGUCCCAGCUCGGAGAUAGUUUUCAGGCAAAGCCCAGCUGAGAGCUGUGGGCUGGACCCCCAUUGCACAAACAGUGCACAGAGCAGGAGCUGCACUGUGGAGUUUGCUCAGAAACGAUUCUCACUGAUUCUUGCACUGACAAAAGUCAUUCUCUGGCUCCCGAUGAUGAUACAGAUGGCUGUCCAGCACAUAGUUGGUUUUCAAAGCCUUUCCUUUGAGACUUUCAGUUUUCUGCUGACUUUACUAGCUACCACGGUCACCCCUGUGUUUGUUUUAUCAGAACACUGGAUCCACCUGCCUUGUGGUUGUAUCAUUAACUGCAGAAGAAAUGCAUAUACCAUUUCUUCAGAAGAAAGGAAAACAAAAAGGAGGGGGUUUGAAUUCAAUCUGUCAUUUCAACAAGGUUAUGGAAUCUACAAAAUAUCCCAUGAAAACCAAAACCACCUCCAUGAUGAUGAUGAUGAUGAUAACUCUAUAUCAUAUCACAACCUGAUGAACUAUGACUGUGACAACACAAAAGAAUCUCAGAAAGAUAGCAGCAAAAUCCUUAAAUCAGCCAAAAUUGAGUUCAGCACCAUACCCAUAGAGGAUAGCUCCAUGUUUAAAGAUUUCAACAAGGGCAAAAGCAUGGAGACAGAACAAGAACUUGGCAAGGACAAAAGCAUGGAGUAUCUUCUUUCUGACAAAAUGGGGCCCUUUAAAAGAGAGGAGGUCAGAAACUUUGACAAAUCCACAUUUUUUGAAGCACAGGAAAGAAGACUGUCUCAUGAGGAGAGCCGCAAACCGGAACUCUCAGAUUGGGAAUGGUGCAGGAGCAAAUCUGAAAGGACCCCUCGUCAGCGCUCAGGUGGGGCCUUAGCUAUUCCAUUAUGUGCAUUUCAAGGGACUGUAUCUCUCCAUGCACCCACGGGGAAAACUCUCUCCUUAUCUACCUAUGAGGUAAGCACUGAAGGGCAAAAAAUAACACCCACAUCAAAGAAAAUUGAAGUAUAUCGAUCCAAGAGUGUUGGUCAUGAGCCAAACCCUGAGGACUCUCCUACCACACUUGCAGACACAAAUGUUAAAAUUCAUUUGGAAGUGCUUGAAAUUUGCGACAAUGAAGAGGCCAUGGAUACUGUAUCAAUCAUCAGUAAUAUCAGCCAGUCCUCCACCCAGGUCAGGUCCCCGUCCUUGCGUUAUUCUCGGAAAGAAAACAGGUUUGUUUCUUGUGAUUUAGGAGAAACUGCUUCCUACUCUCUUUUUAUACCAUCAAACAAUCCUGACAGCGAUAUUAACAUAUCAAUUCCAGAUACCGUUGAAGCUCAUAGGCAGAAUAGUAAAAAGCAGCAUAUGGAAAGAGAUGGUUAUCAGGAAGAAAUACAAUUGUUAAAUAAAGCAUACAGAAAAAGGGAAGAAGAUGGCAACAGCAAUUAAAAGACACUUAGUGUAGUAAAUCUGAUUUGACUGACACGCCUCCUCUGACUCAACUGAUCUAUCAAACACAAUGACUUUUCUCUUCUGUAACAUAAUUUUAUUUUGGUUUGGCUAUGCCAAUAAGCAGGUUUUUAAAAAUGUAUGGAUGGGAAACAUCAGACAAUUAAUUGCUUUUAUAGUGUUGAUUGCAGAAUUAUAACACUGGUGAUUGUUCUUGUGUUUUGGUUUUGUUACUAUAAUUUCUAAAACUUUUUCUGAAUAGAUGCUUAGAAAUUGCUUUGGUUGCUUGUUAGUACUGGGAAAUCUACCUAUGGAAACUUGAGAAAACUGAAUUAUCAAACCAUUCACAUCCAAGGAAAGAUUCUUAAGGUUUUUGACCUUUUGUCACAAUUCUGCUAUGAGUCCAGUGCCUGAAGUAUUGAUCAGAAAAAAAAAUAGCUAACGCCAGAAGAUGAAUAUAGGGUUUGGUUAAAUACAGGAUUAAAAGAGGCCUCAGUGCUUUUCAGUUUCCACUGUUGUGUACACAAUUCCUACGUACCACAUAAAUAAUUAACUGUUAUAAUAUCAACAUUGAAUCCGGGUAGCUGGAAUGUAAGCAUGCACAUUCUGUAAAUAUGGUAACGUAUUUCCACAAAGUUCUAACUGCUCAACAUUCCUUUCACAAGUGUAUUAAUGUUCAGUUUACUAAUCCCAUGGAAUCUAAGGAACCCCCUUGCUGCCUCCACCAUCUCUCCCCAUGUAAGAAAAAGAAACUUUCCAAUCUUACAGGGUGUCCAUACUUGAUUCAAACAAAAGUCAUGUUGGCAACAUACCAGGGGACACAUCAUCAUGCUUCAUUUGCAUCAAAUUCAGUGGCCUUAAUCUUUAAAGGUUACCAAGGCCAGAGUCACACCCAUGCAAGUAAUCACUUAGACAGUGUAAGUGACAUGCACCCCACCUCUUCAGAGGCUGCCAGGGAGGGUGUGAUGCAUGGAACAACCCUCAGAGAUGCCCUAACUUGCACCUGUGUUACAAUAGUCCUUACAGGCCAUUGCAGGGUUACACUAUGACUGAGGUAAAAGUCUGUCCCAGCUACACAUCCUCCUUCAAGGGCUAUGUUAUCUCUUUCCUCCACGGCCUGCCCAAAAAGGCUGAGAAGGAGGAGCCUGCUGCAGAGCUGAUAGAACCAGAAGGGUGGGAUUACACUUGUUCUUUGACACUGUUGUAUCAAUCUAGCAAAGGCCUGUAGAAAAAUGAUGCAUCAAGCUCUUGGGUUUAGCUGAAAGAGAGUUGGUAGGGUACAUUUGCACAGUAUAUGUGAUGCCCUAAUACUUUGUAGAGUUAUAAUGAUCCCACAUUUUUCAGAAGUGAAGUCUAGAGAAGACCUAAAAUUCUAAGAGUUGGGGAAAAUGAGCCGAAACUCUUUCAGACUGUCAUUAGAGACCAUAAAGAAGUAAAACAAACCCCAGACCUACUUCAUUUUUCUUUGCAGUUAACCCACAGUAUGGAGGUGUGAACAGCAAUGACCUGGUUCCUCUCUCAUUUACACCAGUGUAAAGCAGAAAUAAUGCCAUUGAAAUAAUGGGGGUUGCACUGGUGUUUAUCUGAAGAGAAUCAGGCCCAAAGCAGUAUAUAAACUGAUGAAGAAAGACCAUGCUGGGCUAGGAGUUGUGGUUUAAUGUGCUACCUUUUCAUACUGAAAUGGAGGGUGGCAGUGCUUUUUUUUGGGUAAAAAAAAAAAAAGUGCCGGUACUCCAGAGGAAAAGUUGUUGAGCUCUGACUGGAGGUGCUGGUACUGCGUACCGGGCUGUACUGUCACAAAAAAAGCACUGGAGGGUGAUAACACUCCAGCUGCGUCUUCAUUUCAGAUUUAACUAGAAACAAGAUUGUAAGAACAAUCCAUUCUAAGCUCUAUUCCAUAAAUGUAUUUACUUAUAAAUUAGAAACUGGCACCCUGCCAUUUUUUCAGUUCCUGCUUGCUGCUGUUUUGCACAGAAAGCAGCCAGUAGGAGGGCAGUGUAGGAACACAAAGCUUGGUACAAUAUGACCUUCUCAUUCAAUUCCAGUCUCAAACACCAACUCACAGGAUUAUAAACAUAUCUUGCUGGAUACAAGAAGAAGACACAACAUGCUUUAAAUUUGGAAUGUUUGGCUCAAAAAUGAGGCAGCAGCCUUUCUCAUGGCCUUUUUCAGCACAGGAAAAAAUCCCAACUAUGUUUACACAUAUGCUUUUCUCAGUGCAGUGAUGUAUUAAUCUAUAGACAACAUCACUCCAGGCCCAGGACAAGAGGAAAUGAGGGGUGAAAUCCAGAUACCAAGGCUACGUCUACACUUCAAAUUUUUUGUGCAAAAACUCACUACAAGCGAAUUUUUGCACAAGAAAAAGUACAGUAGAUCGUCAGAAGACAGGGCUUUUUGUGCAAGAGUUAUUCCUCUUUGAGGAAUAUGCCUUUCUGCGCAAGAAA